AUGAAGUUCUCCAUCGGUGUCUCCCUGCUGGCCACCUUGGCCAGCGCCGUCAACGUUGACAUGGCCAAGCGCGACACGUCGCCUCUCGACGUCAAGCUUGAGGCCGUUGGCAACUCCGGUGUCAAGGCCGUCCUCACCAACACCGGCGACUCCGACAUCAAGCUCUUCAAGACCGGUACCUUCCUCGACAGCGCCCCCGUCGAGAAGGUUGAGGUUUUCGCUGCCGGCAACAAGAUCGACUUUGACGGCGUCCGUCUCCAGAUCGCCACCUCGGGCCUGAGCGAGGACGCUUUCCAGAUCGUCGCCGCCGGCCAGAGCCUCGAGGUCGAGUUCGACGCCGCUGAGCUCCACGACCUCAGCAAGGGCGGCUCUGUCGACAUCGUCACCCAGGGCUCGUUCCUGUACGCCGACGCCGACUCCACCGAGAUCGCCGGCACCGUCCCCUUCUCCAGCAACAGCGUCCACACCGAGAUCAACGGCGAGGAGGCCGCCUCCGCCCGCGCCGCUUUCCUGGCCAAGCGCACCAUUGUCCAGUCUGACUGCACCGGCACCCGCCGCACCGCAACUGUCAACGCCAUCAGCCGCUGCCGCUCUCUUGCUGUCGCUGCCUCCCAGGCCGCCGCCUCCGGCCCCGCCGCUCGCAUGACCGAGUACUUCAAGUCCUCGACCACGGCCACCCGCAACUCCGUUGCCACCGUCUUCCGCAACAUCGUCUCCGAGUGCGGCAGCACCACCUCCGGCGUCUCCCGCCAGUACUGCACUGACGUCUACGGCGCCUGCUCCGGCGGUGUCAUCGCCUACACCGUCCCGGCCCAGAACUACAUGGUCAACUGCCCCUACUUCUUCAACAACAUGGCCGCCGCCUCUUCGACCUGCCACGCCCAGGACCAGCAGACCACCAUCCUCCACGAGAUGACCCACCUUCGCCAGAUCAAGGGCACUUCCGACUACGGCGGAUACGGAUACAACUUUGUCCGCAGCCUGUCCGCGGCUCAGAACCUGAACCACGCCGACACCUACACCCUUUUCGCUCAAUCCAUCUACGCCGGUUGCUAA